AUAACGAAGUAAAAAGAGACAAAACAUCGCGGCUUUUUACAUAUUAGCAAUUUGCGCAUCGUUUUGUUCCUUAAAAAAUUAAAGAAAUGUCGGGAACCACACAAAAGUACAGAAAUUUCGUUGCCGAACCCAUGGGGGAGAAGUCAGUGACGGAAUUAGCAGGAAUUGGAGAGACUUUGGGCGGCCGCUUGACGGAAGCUGGAUUCGACAAAGCGUACACAGUGCUCGGUCAGUACUUGGUGCUGAAGAAGGAUGAGGAAAUUUUCAAAGAAUGGAUGAAGGAAGUGUGCCAUGCUAGUUCCAAGCAGGCCUCCGAUUGCUACAACUGUCUGAACGAUUGGUGCGAGGAAUUCUUGUAAACGGCGAUGCGAUUGGCAUAAAUGCAAUAUUUUCAAGAAGAGAGAAUCUGCUCGGGAACACAAGUCGUUUCGAAGCUAAAUGGACAUCAGUAGCGUUAGAGUACAACAAUUAUAUGUAGACACUAUCCUCAAUAUCUAUCUGUUAAAGUCGUUACAAAGAAAUUAACAACUUCAUGUGUAUUUCCAUUAAGAUGUAAUUAAAAUGUAAACUAAUAUUUAAUGUAAACUAA